AUGUUUUUACAUUGUAUUCCAGGACACACACAAAAGCUCUCACCCUACAUACGCCAUUGGGAGGCGGCGGAUUUCGAUCGUUCGUAUUUGCACUCGGCACAUCAAAAACACAUCGAACAGAAGCGCCAUCGGCGAAAAAGAGAACUGUAUUCGGGCGAAUUUGGUCCAGUUCACACUAUCAGACUGAAUUUCUUUGCUCAUGACAGAGAAUUUCGCAUGGUUCUACAUCAGAAUCCACUGUCAGUAUUUGCUAAUGAUGUCGAAAUCGAAAGUACGCAUGGACCAGUGGAUUAUGAUAUUUCUAGAAUAUACACCGGCUCAUUGGAAGGUGACGAAAAUUCUCAUGUGCACGCCAUUCUUACCAGCGAUAACCUGCUCGAUGCCACCAUUGAAACGGCCGAUGAGCACUAUUAUGUAGAACCUGCGCAACGCUAUUCCCGCGAAUUGCCGGCAACGGGUGUGCACAGCGUCAUUUACAAAGUAAGCGAUGUGCAAAUGCGCAAGACUGCUGCGGCAGAACAUUGUGCCAGCGAACGAUUGCGCCGUGAUAUGCUGCUAAGUGAUUUGAAGCGACGGAAAGCGGCCACGGCCAAAGCGGAAGUGCCAAAAUUGCUGGAGCGGCACAAACGUUGGCUGCCGGAUGAGCUGGCCACAUCCACUGAUGACCAUCAAAAUCCGCCGCUGCCAUUGGACUUGGAUGUCCCUUAUAAUGAUGAUUUCAGCAUAUUCGCGGGUGGGGGUACGCGUAAUCGAAAUCGAGAACGAGAACGAGACGGGGAACGAGAAAGAGACAAUCGCGAUGCCGCAGAGAUCAUUACAACGAAAACGGCUACUAACAAUAAUAACAAUAACAACUACGAUGACUACAACUACAAUAGGGAGCGGCAACGGCAAAAGUAUCAGCAAUCGACAACAACAACAACGUGGCGUAAUGCAGCUACAGUCGAACAAGAUGCCACCGACAGAUAUGGCGAUUUGCUGCGAAAUAUAAACAAUGCCAACAACAAUAACAUUAGUGGCACGAAUUCGUCCACCACUGGCGGUGGCAUACAGAAUCGCAACAUCAUUGUGAACAGUUAUAAUCCGAGCAACAGCAACAGCAACAGCAACAGCAACAGCAACACUAAUUACAACAACAAUAAUAGCAAUAAUAAUAAUAACAAUGGCUUACGCAAAACCUAUGCAAAGCACAAGAAUAUCAUUGUUAGCACCUACAAUAAUAAAAACAACAAUAAUAAUAACAAUAGCAAUAAUCGUUCGUAUCCCUACGACUUUGUCAUAAAUGAUGGCAGCAGUAAUGCAAAUGGCAACUACAAUGACAACAACAACAACAACAAUCGCUUCGAUACGAACAACUUUUUCAACGCCAAUUGGUCGACUAUGUUCACCAACAACAACAAUAACAACAACAACAACAAUAACAACAAUGAUCGCCCCAGCCACAAGACGCACGUCGAAAUUAUAACAAAAAAUGGCGCCACCAAGAAACCCAACAUCAUUGUAAACAAUUAUAAUCCAGAUAUAAUGCUAGUGCCAAAUCCACAGAGUCCACACUUCAACAGCAUGUUGAUGACAAAUUUAUUGAGUGGACGAGGACGCGAUGCCGCAUACGAGACAAAUUCCAUCGAUAGCGGCCGCUCGAUGUACGAUCGCAAAAUCACCUGUAUGCUAUAUCUACAAGCCGAUCAUACGUUCUUUCAGAAGAUGGGCUCCGAUGAGGCCAGCAUUGAAGCGAUUACGCGGCAUGUGCAGCGUGCCAAUUCGAUCUACAAGAAUACAGAUUUUAACAAUGAUGGCAAGCCAGACAAUAUAACAUUUAUGAUUAAGCGUAUCAAGGUGCACAAUAUGAAUGCAAUCAGGGAUCCAAGUUAUCGAUUUCCAGGCAAUUAUGGGGUAGAAAAGUUUCUGGAACUAUUUUCAGAGGAAGAUUACGAUGCUUUUUGUCUGGCAUACAUGUUUACAUAUCGAGACUUUGAGAUGGGUACCUUAGGCUUAGCUUGGACUGGUGACCUAAAAAAUGCCGGUGGAGUUUGUGAGAAAAAUGGACACUACCGCGGCUCUCUAAAGUCUCUAAACACUGGCAUUGUGACACUACUCAAUUAUGGUAAACAUGUUCCUCCGGCUGUAUCGCAUGUGACAUUGGCGCAUGAAAUUGGACAUAAUUUUGGUUCACCGCACGAUCCGGAACAGUGUACGCCUGGCGGUGAGGAUGGUAAUUUCAUUAUGUUUGCCCGCGCCACAUCGGGUGAUAAAAAGAAUAACAACAAAUUCUCCCCAUGCUCACUUAAAUCCAUAGAACCGGUGCUAAAUGCAAAAGCACGUAGCGCCAAAGGCUGUUUCACCGAGCCGCAGGCAUCAAUUUGUGGUAACGGUGUUGUUGAGCCGGGCGAACAGUGCGAUUGCGGCUGGGAGGAGGAUUGCAAGGACACAUGUUGUUUCCCAAUGUCACGUCAUCCGCGCAUCGACGAGAAGCCAUGCACACUAACACCACGCGCCAUGUGCAGCCCAUCACAGGGACCAUGCUGCACUGGCGAUUGUAAAUUGAAAUUCGGCGAUAAGUGUCGCGAUGACAACGGCUGUCGCGAUCCGAGCUUCUGUGAUGGCCGCACGCCGCAAUGUCCGCCCUCGGUGAAUAAGGCAAACAAGACUAUUUGCAAUAAGGAAUUCGUUUGUUAUAUGGGCGAAUGUACGGGAAGUAUUUGUUUGGCCUAUGGCCUCGAGUCAUGUCAGUGCAUACCGGGUCCAACCGAUGACACAAUUAAAUCGUGCGAAUUAUGUUGUAAAUUGCCUGGCGAGGGCAAUGCAUGUCGCAGUUCGUUUGAAUGGAAUGAGCCACCAUUCGAUGUGCCGGACAUGUUCGCAAAGCCAGGCACACCAUGCAACGAUUACAAUGGAUAUUGUGAUGUAUUCCAAAAAUGUCGCGAAGUUGAUCCAUCGGGACCGCUGGCAACACUACGUAAAUUGCUAUUGUCAGAAGAAAGUAUUGCAACAUUCAAGAAAUGGGUGCAACAUAAUUGGUAUACCGUUGUGUUGGCAGCGUUGGGUGUAUUUAUAUUACUGAUACUCAGCACGAAGCUGCUGGCGAAACGCUCGAAUCUGAAACUAAAAUCGGUGACCAUAAUACACAGCGCCACCACCGAAACCGUGCGUCUACCCGACGACAACAACGGCGUCAUCGUGCAUACGGCCGUCCGUACAAAAGUUCCGUUCAAGAAAAAAGUACGUGGCGAGCGCAGCAACAAAAGAAAGAGCGCCCACAGGAGCGGCAGUAAUGGGAAUAUACGCGCUGGCAAGGCGAAAGAUGGCGGUGGAAAGGUGGCCGCGAAGACCGGAGGCGAUUUGACUGCGAAGUCGGCGCACGCGCAUAGUCGCAGCGGAAAGCUGAGCAACGCGGCGGUAGCAGCUGGACUGACGUCAGCGGGUGGUGUCAGUGGCGUAAAUGAUGAAGUCUCGAAACCCUCGCGCACAAAAAAGAAUCGCGUGGGUAGCGGUGGUGGUGCGACUGCAUUGAAAACUACGCCAGUUGCAACAGCGCUUGGCACUCCUUUAGCUACCACAGUUGGUGGCGCUAAACUGGAGAAUGAAACGAAGUCGAGGUCGAAGCGCUUCAAGAAGAACAGCAAAGAAAUCAUUGACUAUUCGUCACGCAGUGGUGCUGACGCGGCGAGCGUUAGCGGGAAUGCGCACACCAAUACCUUUGGCAAAGUGCAAAAGUGGUUGUUAGAGUCGCCAAUUGUUGUACAGCCACUAUCGCAUAUUGAGCACUCUUCGAAAAUACGAAAGGUGAUGAGCAAAUCGCAGUCCACGCCCGAACGCCUCGUACAGAAAUCGCCGCAAAAGUCAAAGUCGGUUACGAAUCUUGUCAAUGACAAGGUGAAACUGCAGGUAGUCUAUAAGCCGCCCUUCAAAUUCGCGCUGCGGCUUUCCAAGAAUAUCAAGGUUAAAACGCACGUAAUUGGCGGCGCAGUCAACAAACCGAAGCGACAGACACGCACUAGUACAAACGCAGCAGCGAAUGGUGCGGAUGGUAAACGCAAAAGCAGCAAUCAAAAUAGCGAGGGUAGCAAGAACUCUGGCAGCGGCGGUGGUGAGGAGAUGAAGUGCAAGCGCAUUGCGCUGCUACUCCGCAACAAUAACGAAGACAAUCAAGUAUUAACUUUAAAUGAACCGACCUACGAGACGCUAAAUCCGAAAACCCUGCCCUCCAAGAUGGAGAACCCCUUCUAUGAGAAUUUGCAAUGCAGCGCACAAACUGGCGAAAUGCGCGCCGCCAACGCCGUCAACAACGACGCAGUGGCCACCAAUAGUGCUUCGACGGCAUCAAACGCGAACGGGUCCAACAAAUUGAACGCGAGUGUCAGUAAAAUGCCAACAGACGCACAUACAGCUACUGUUGCUGGCGGCGCGUUACAAAAACAACGCGCACACAACUAUAACCGCUCCAAUUCAUUCUCAACCAACAAUCCAUUUGCCAGCAGUCAUGCAGCAGCGUCUAGCGCACGAAAACUGAGCGAAAGCAAUACCAUGCAGCAGCAGCAACAGCACGCGCCACCCGCCAGCAAUUUGGGACGCAACUUUGGAAGCACACAAAACCUCGGUCAGGCGGCACAAAAUCAAAAUCAUUUAGCCAAAUCGAAGAAGCGUAGCAGUUUGAACUUAAAGUUGAACAGCGCCUCUAAAAACAGCAAAGAUCCGCCGGUAGCGGCACGGCGCAGCAAUUCAAAUAUGAAUUUACGCAGCCAUGCUGCGGCCAAUACAUAUCAGCCAAGUACCUUCCCAAAUGACGCACAAAACUUCGUAGCAACCACAACCACCAACACAGCCACUUCCACAUAUGCCAGCAGCAAUGGCGCCAAUGCGACUGCAAUAGUCGCUGCGGCUGUGCCUAUACCCACAGAGCGGCAGCUGCGGCGCAGCUCCAGCAGUAUAGCCUAUCAACAUCAGCCAAAAUCCAACAGCCAAGGGACAGCUAGCAUUGCAAAUGCCAGCUCCGCGCUGCCGGCAACUACUUUUACGACGGCGCUACCUGCUGCGCACACUAGCUUCAGCAACAUACCACGUGCCAGCCUCAGUGCCGCGCUCAACAACGGCGCCAACGCCAACGCCAAUACCAAUGCCAACGCCAGCGGUGCCAGCUCGAAUUCUGCUGGUGUUCUAGGCAAUUUUAAUUUUAGUCGCGUAACAGAUGCGGAACAACUAGUCGCGGUGGGAAGCUUGUCCAGUCAUAGCAGUCAAGGUAGUAGUCACGCAAGCCACCCCAGCCACAACAGUAGCCACAGUAGUCACAGCAACCACCAUGCACCAGCACGCCACGAGCACCGACGUAGUCGUAGCAGCGCACAUUCCACAACAGCACCGCCAUUAGCCACCACUGCCAAGUCAAAUGCCACCGCUCCUCCAGAACAACAACAACAACAGCAACAAAAACGUUCCAACUCCAUAAGACAGUUGCAGCAUAGCUAUCAUCCGCCGCCGUUACCGAACAUUGCAACGUCCAGUAAUAGCGGUCAGGGUGAAUAUGAGCUGCCAUCUGAUUUGGAAGUACUAUUGUCUGAUGUGGAAAAUAAUUUAGUCAGUUAAGGGUUAAUAGUUGUAAGCAAAAGGUGUUCGCUUAGCUAAUUGGGUAGCGGGGUAUUAUUGUAAAAGAAUUAAGUUAUUAUUAUAGAGUUGUUUUCAUGUGAGUUUUCAGCAUUUCAGAAUGAAAAUUAGGCUGACUUUCAAAACGUAUCAAUACAUUGUUUGGAUACUGUUCUACUGCGGUAUUGAAACUGUUUGUAUAUACAGAGUUGC